ACUUCAACACCAUAGUCUUUUGCAUCAGUUCCAAAUCACAAAACAAAAGCAAUCUUUGCUCCCGACUUUUUUGGAGGAGCAACUUCAUUCAAGAAUAUAGAAUGGCUCCGAGUAUAGCACUGCCCUUCUCCGCCCAAUCAACAUCCUACCAACGCGAGGUCUCCGCCGUGCCGGAGGCGGAGGUUCUUCGGAGAAGAAAUGAGGAGUUGGAGAAAGAAUUGAAGAAGAGUUUGGAGAGGGAGGAGAAAAUGAAACAAGAGCUGAAAAAGACAUGGGAAAGGCUGAAGGUGGCGGAGGAAGCUGAGGAGCGGCUUUGCUCUCAGCUAGGGGAGCUUGAAGCCGAGGCUGUGAACCAAUCUCGGGCUUACAGGACACGUGUAAUCAAUUUAAUGGAACAACUUUCUGUAGCACAAAAACUUCUCCAAUCAACUUCCAUUUCCAUUCCCGGUUAGAUCUCAAACCAAACCGAUUACAAAACCACUAAGUUUGGUUUGGUUUGGUUUGGUAUUGAGUAAAAACAUUCAAUCAAACCGAUAUAUUAGUAUAUAAUUUUAAGAUUUUAUAUAGAAUUCUCUGGCGGGAUAUAAUAUUUAAUAGCAUAUGAAGUGCUCUGUAUUUAUUAAUCUUAAAUAAUGGGUUGUAUGAUAACUUUCUCAUCAAGUGUUAUUGAUCUUUGUUCUUCCAUAUACUCGUAUCAUAUGUUAAGAUCUAUUAAUCUUA